UGUGUCUUCAAUAAAAGUUUACGGAACCCGCAUAAACAGAAAUCUGUCUGUUGUUUGUGGUUCCUGAACGCGUGUGACAAACCACCUCAUGGCCUGCCGCUCUAUCUCUCAGCUUGCAAAGACAUUGUGCUACUUGAACACAGAUCGAUACUGCGUGUCUUUAAUAUGCAUACACCACAGUUGAGAUUUCCUUACAUCACUACGUUGACGCCAUUCUAUGUUUAGACCACCUGCUGAAUGGAAUCUCAUCACGAGUUUCCCCACCAAGGAUAAAUCAAUUCUUGAACUUGAAAUUUGCAAACGGGCAAGAAGAGUCAUUGUAUCAUCGAACCCUAUCCCCAGUCAUGCAAGCCAAAAUGGAUAUGAGCAAUGUACCCACACGUAUUUUCAUCAUACUCCGAGACUCUAGCCCUUAUUAGUCAAAGCCUGAUUCUGAAGUAAUUGGAGUGGCGCUUUCGCUUAUUUCUUAACAGAAGGUUUUGGGUUCAACAGGUUGCACCUUCACGGCGAAUGAAUACAAAUUCAUGGCGAAAGAGAUAUGGGGGGCUGUUACAUUCUUUAUAUUCGAUCUAUCUAAUGAUAAUUACAAUCUGAACACUGUAUAUAAGGAAGGCGAGAAUGACCUCCCGGUUGUCACGGUCAGACUCUCCAAAAGUAAGGAGACAGCUUGAUAUGAGGGCAAACCUUUACAGAUGCAGGUCAACCAACAACUCCGACAUAUCUAUGACAAAGUGGGCUAUGGGUAUGAGCCGCCUUUCUUUAUUGAUUAUACUAAUGGCAAAGUGCCGACAUAUCCCAAUCCGCGCACCGCUGUGCGCUGUCCGCCUUCCACUCUUGUUACCUCCUCCGCGUCGGUUGUAUUGUAGAAAGAUAUUAUGUGUCUGGAGGUGUUGUAAGGCUAUAUGGCCCACACUUUGUCCGGAUAACACUUACGGUUGAACCGUUAGUGUAGGCCGCGUGUUGUAUGUUAGGACAAGGAAUUUUGUAUUGGCGACCGAUCUCUGCGUUGCAUUCAGUGCAGAUUUCUAUCUCCCAGUGACAUAUUUCUGAGAAUCAGUUAGCAAAGCCUUUUUUUGGAUACGGGUUGAUACUUUUGAAGAGUUCUUGAUGGGCGUAUAACUAGUUAAGUGUUCGCGUAAUGUGUGUCUGUUCUAGGAGGAGCUAGAAUUAUGCCCACCCCGCACCACUGCACUGCCAAUUCUGUAGUUAGCUUACCGUAGUUAACAACCCUGAGCUCCAGCACGUGAUAUGAGAAAAAUAACCGAGUUGAGUGGCGCUACGUCCUGUUCAAGUUGCCG